GAGGCUCAGUCUCAUCCUUGGCACUCCUGGGGAGUUCAUUACCCGAUCUAGAAAUGUUGACGGGAAGUGCUAGUCAUGACUUCCCUUCUUUCUCUCCUCAUCCUCUGUGAGUUAUACAAUCUCUAGUUGAUCAAGCUUUCGUUUCGCCUUCUUAGCAGCAUAUUCACACAAGCUCGUCGCCGGCCGACCUUUACCAUUCUUUCAGUCUACAGCAAAAGACGACCAAUCAGUCAAAAUGAAGUACUCAGUCGCUAUCUUCGCUCUCUUCAGCACCCUCGCCAUGGCGGAACUAAAGAAAGUUCCCCGUUCUGAGAAGUCCAACAUUGUCUCUCGACAGGCUGGCGCAGCUCAAGUCCAGACCGCUGCCAUGGCUAGCGCCAACGGAGAAAUCAUUCCCUUCAAUGCCGCCGGCGUCUACAAGGCUAGCACCGACAAGGGCUUGUAAAAGGCCUUCAUCUAGAAUACGACGUUAAGGGUGAUGGAUUAUACGGUCCAGCUAACAACCCGGCCAUUCGACAAUCAUCCUAUAACCGAUUCAAAUAAUGCACCAUGAAGUGUACGAUGACCGGCGUCAAGGAUAUAAUCAUAGAGUAAUAGGAUAUGCGGAAGAG